UGGAAGUGGCGCAUGCGCAGUAGAUGAUUAUGAAGGAAAGGAAGUCGCCCGGCCUCCAGGGCGCUCGGCAGCCGUUGGAGAAAGCCCCAGCAGGCCGGAAGUGACGUCGUAACUAGGGAGCCGCGCGUGGCGACAUGGAGGAGCCGGAGGCCUCAGAGGCGGCGGUGAAUGGCUUGCAGCUGCAGACGCUCAGCGUGGCUGGCGGCGAGGCGGAGGCGGAGGCGCCCUCAGGACCAGGGCUUCUUGCUACUGAAGGGAGCAACGAAGGGGAGCCGCUCGGACCUAGUCCUCCGGUGAAGGAAGAGGAGAAGGAGGGUCCCUCUUUGCUCGGAGAUGGCGGAGAAGGAGGGGAGCCGGGCCCCGGACCCGCCGAGGAGCCUCAGCACAGCCCCCUCCAGGAGGAGCCCACCCCGGCUGCUCCCGCUCCUUCCCCGAGUCUGGAGGCGGAUGGGCCCUCGGAGAGGAUGAGCCCAGUGGCCCCGGAGGAGGAGGAGGAGGAAAGCAGCAGCAGCAGCAGCGCCUCUUCCUCCGAGUCGGACUCCGAGUCCGAAAGUGAUACUGAUACAGACAGUUCAUCUUCUGACUCCUCCUCUUCUUCCUGUCUUCCAAUGCUGUCUGAAGAUGAUGUUGAUCAGCAAAAUAAGAAUGAAGAUAACUGUUGCAGCACUACAAAAAAUGGCGAAAUGGCUAAACAAGAACCACUUUGUGUCGAAGAUGUGACAAUAAUUCUGCCUGAAUCUGUUGAACUGAUGCCUUUUGGGAAGAUUUCCAGCAUCAUUGGUCAUCUAGUAAUUGUUGAGUCCCAAAAAGGGCUGCCACCUGUAAAUGAAGAUACUGUACUUUUCAAAGACGAUCGUCGCUCAGUUGGAAAGAUCUUUGAGGUAUUUGGUCCUGUAUCUCAUCCAUUUUAUGUACUGCAGUUUAACAGUCCUGAGCAUAUUGAAUCUAAAGAUAUUAAAGUACAUGAUGCUAUGUACUUUGCUCCAUCGGUUGAGAGCUUCACCCAGUAUAUAUUUCCAGAAAAAAUAAAACCAGAGAAAGGAUCAGAUGCAUCAUGGAUGAAUGAUUCAGAGCCACCUCCUGAGGCUUUAGAGUUCAGUGAUGAUGAAAAAGAGCGAGCAGCAAAGCAACAGAAGAAAUCUCAGAAAUUAAGAAGAAAGAAAUUAAGGUCACUAGAAGACUAUAAUAAGUAUGAUGAUAAUGGAAUUUAUUACCACCCCGGACAACAGCAGCAUUCUUCAGAUUAUUCAGAAGGAUAUUGUAAGAGAGAACCUCAUCCCACCUUUUCAAACAGAAGAUUCCCACAUCCUUCACCACCUCCACACUUUUUUAGACCUCAGGCAAGCACUCCACAGCAUUAUUCUUAUCACUAUGCUGAACCAUGGAAACCUUCAGAAUUUUGUCAGCAGCAGAGACCAGAGAAUUUGAUAAUACACCAGCAUUCCUUUCCUCCCCCACUAUUUGAAACUGUGAAUAAUCAGGCUAAUUUUCCACCCCCACAACCAUCUGUAACCUGGGGAUGGUCUCCUGGGUAUACCCAGAAUAUAUGUGAUCCUUUGUUGUCACUGUUGUCUCUACCCCCACCGCCUCCACCCCCACUACCACCUCCAUAAACUACCUCUUUUUAUGAGAAUUAAUCCUUAGACUGACCUGUCCUUCACUCCUUUCAGUGGUCUUGAAAACAUCAGAUUUCCUGCCUGAAUGUUGUAUAAAUUAUAUUUUCUCAGGUAUUUUCUUAUGUUUUGGAGGGGAGGAUAGUUUAUGUUGUGUACAAACAUAUAAACGUUAAAUUAAGUAAUGUUUAAGUAAAAUUAAAAUAUACAUUUUAUAUUGAAAACUGGAAAGAAUUAAACAUGGCUAUAUGUCUUUAUUGAAAUUUUGUAAUCCAAAUUGUUGAUUAUGUAUCAUUUUUAAUCUACAUUAUGUCUGUAGUAGCAGAUUUAAACUAACACACAAAUGUCUAUUAUAAAAACAGUGUUAUUCAUAAUGUCUUUGGAUAACACCUAAUACCUAUAACGAAGAAUAAAUCCAGGAUCUUGAAAUUCCAGAUUACAUAUUCAGUAUACCAUUAAGUGAUUUGUAACUAAUUGCUGGUUCAUAAAAUAAAAUUAUUGUGUAGCCCUGCCA